UUCAGCAGCCGUCUUGCUGCGUGGACAGCACCUUCCCAUCUGGCCUGUCCCUAGGGCCUGGCCUCAUCCUCCUCAGUGGCAGGCCCCUCAGCUUCACAGGAAAUGCUCUUUCUCUAAUUGGCAUUGAAACUCACAGCCCUCCCUUUUCCUGUAGGUGUGGUUUCCAUAGGAAAAAGCUGCUUCUCUGUUUCCCCAGCCAUGCAAACUGUUUGGAAGUCAGAGCCCCACAUCCUGCUCUCCUGGGUCAAAUGCCUCAUGGACCGGCGGUUGUCCAGCCUUUGCUGAAGUGGACCGACUGGUAGCCCUGCGGGUCUCCCCCGGCAACUCUACCUGAUCAGUGCUUAGACCUCUCAGCUCGCAUCUGAUGAAGAUGGCCUUGCCUGGGAGCCCUGCUCCUUCCAUCACCAUCUAACUAUGGAACGAGGUUGUGCCUGCAGGUCUGGGGGCAGGAGGACGGGGCUGCUCAGGCCAUCCAGGGGACCCCGGAGGACUUGUCCAGCCUUUCAAGAACUCUAGCACUUUCUGAAGCGAGCCCACUCUGGCGGUAAGCAUGAUGCAACUUCUGCGGCUUCUGCUGGGGCUUUUGGGGUCAGGUGGCUACUUGUUCCACUCGGGGAAUUGUCAGAAGAUGACCACUCUCACGGUGAAAUACCAAGUGUCAGAGGAAGUGCCAUUUGGCACGGUGAUCGGGAAGCUGUCCCGGGAACUGGGCUGGGAGGACAGGCGUGGACACCCAGGCACUGCCUUCCAGGUGCUGCAGGUGUCCAAGGUGCUCCCCAUUCAGGUGGGCUCUGAGGAUGGCCUGCUCAGCACGGGCAGGCGGCUGGAUCGAGAGCAGCUAUGCCGACAGUGGGAUCCCUGCCUGGUUUCCUUUGACGUGCUUGCCACUGGGGAUUUGGCUCUGAUCCACGUGGAGAUUCAGGUGCUGGACAUCAACGACCAUCCGCCGCAAUUUCCCAAAGGCAAGCAGGAGCUGGAAAUCUCUGAGAGUGCCUCCCUGCGCACCCGGAUCCCACUGGACAGAGCCCUCGACCCAGACACGGGCCCCAACAGCCUGCACUCCUACACCUUGUCUCCCAGUGAGCACUUUGCCUUGGAUGUCAUCAUUGGGCCAGAUGAGACCAAGCACGCAGAACUCGUGGUGAUGAAGGAGCUGGACCGGGAAAUCCACUCAUUUUUUGAUCUGGUGCUAACCGCCCAUGACAAUGGGAAUCCCCCCAAGUCAGGCACCAGCUUGGUCAAGGUCAAUGUCCUGGACUCCAAUGACAAUAGCCCUGUGUUUGCUGAGAGCUCGCUGGCACUAGAAAUCCAAGAAGACGCUGCCCCUGGUACUCUCCUCAUAAACCUGACCGCCACAGACCCUGACCAAGGCCCCAACGGGGAGGUAGAGUUCUUCCUCGGUAAGCACGUGCCCCGGGAGGUGCUGGACACCUUCAGCAUUGAUGCCAAGACAGGCCAGAUCAUCCUGCGUGGACCCCUAGACUACGAGAAUACUCCUGCCUAUGAGGUGGAUGUCCAGGCAAGGGACCUGGGUCCCAACCCCAUCCCGGCCCACUGCAAAGUUCUCAUCAAGGUUCUGGACGUCAACGACAACGCCCCAAGCAUCCACGUCACGUGGGCCUCCCAGCCAUCACUGGUGUCAGAAGCGCUUUCCAAGGACAGUUUUAUCGCUCUUGUCAUGGCAGACGACUUGGACUCAGGAAACAAUGGUCUGGUCCACUGUUGGCUGAGUCAGGAGCUGGACCACUUCAGGCUAAAAAGGACUAACAGCAACACAUACAUGUUGCUGACCAACGCCACACUGGACAGAGAGCAGUGGCCCGCAUACACCCUCACCGUGUUAGCCCAAGACCAAGGCCUCCAGCCCUUAUCAGCCACAAAGCAGCUCAGCAUUCAGAUCAGCGAUGCCAACGACAAUGCCCCCGUGUUUGAGAAAAGCAGGUAUGAGGUCUCCACUCGGGAGAACAACCUACCCUCUCUCCACCUCAUCACCAUCAGGGCUCACGAUGCAGACUUGGGCAUUAAUGGAAGAAUCACAUACCGCAUCCAGGACUCCCCAACCUCUUACUUAGUAGCUAUUGACUCAGAAACGGGAGAGGUCACUGCUCAGAGGUCACUGGACUAUGAGGAGAUGGCUGGCUUUGGGUUCCAGGUGAUUGCAGAGGACAGGGGGGAUCCCCCGCUUGCAUCCAGUGUCUCCGUGUGGGUCAGUCUCCUGGAUGCCAACGAUAACGCCCCUGAGGUGGUCCAGCCCGUGCUGAGUGACGGGAAGGCCAGCCUCUCCGUGCUCGUGAACGCCUCCACCGGCCACCUUCUGGUGCCCGUCGAGACUCCCAGCGGCUUGGGUCCAGCAAGUGCCCAUGUGCCUCCGCUGGCCACUCACAGCUCCCGGCCGUUCCUUUUGGUGACCAUUGUAGCAAGAGACGCGGACUCGGGGGCAAACAGCGAGCUCCUCUACAGCAUUGGUCACGGGAAUGAAGCCCGCCUCUUCGUCCUCAGCCCACACCUGGGGCAGCUGUGCAUCAACGUCACCAAUGCCAGCAGCCUCGUUGGGAGUGAGUGGGAGCUGGAGAUAGUGGUGGAAGACCGGGGCAGCCCCCGCCUGCAGACCCGAGCCCUGCUGAGGGUCACGUUUGUCACCAGCGUGGACCACCUGAGGGACUCGGCCCGUGAGCCCGGGGCCCUGAGCACAUCGGUGCUGACGAUGAUCUGCCUGGCUGUGGUGCUGGGCAUCUUUGGGCUGAUCCUGGCUCUGUUCGUGUCCAUCUGCAGGACGGAGAAGAAGGACAACAGGGCCUACAACUGUCGGGAGGCGGAGUCCACCUACCGCCACCAGCCCAAGAGGCCCCAGAAACACAUCCAGAAGGCGGACAUUCACCUCGUGCCUGUGCUCAGGGCUCAGGCGGGGGAGCCUUGCGACGUCGGGCAGCCCCAUAAGGACGCGGGCGAGGAGGCAAUGCUGGAAGCAGGCUGGGACCCCUGCCUUCAGGCCCCCUUUCACCUCACCCCCACCCUGUACAGGACGCUGAGGAACCAAGGCAACCAGGGCACCCUGGCAGAGAGCAGGGAGGUGCUGCAGGACACCGUGAACCUCCUCUUUAACCAUCCCAGGCAGAGGAAUGCCUCCCGGGAGAACCUCGCCCUUCCUGAGCUCCAGCCUGCCAUGGGCCAGCCGCGUUCGAAGCCCCAGAAGGUGUCGGGCGGCACUGGGGGGAGGCGGGCUGGAGACCCGGGCGGAGAGGCGGCCCCACGGAGCCCGCCAGCCUCCUCGGCAACCCUGAGGCGGCAGCGAAAUCUCAAUGGCAAAGUGUCUCCCGAGAAGGAAUCGGGCCCUCGCCAGAUCCUGCGGAGCCUGGUCCGACUGUCCGUGGCUGCCUUCGCAGAGCGGAACCCCAUGGAGGAGCUCACUGUGGACUCUCCUCCUGUCCAGCAAAUCUCCCAGCUGCUGUCCUUGCUGCAUCAGGGCCAAUUCCAACCCAAACCGAACCACCGAGGAAAUAAGUACUUGGCCAAGCCAGGCGGCAGCAGGAGUACAGUCCCAGACACAGAUGGCCCAAGUGCCAGGGAUGGUGGCCAGGCAGAGCCAGAGCAGGAGGAAGAGUCCUUGGACCCCGAAGAGGAUCUCUCUGUGAAGCGGCUGUUAGAAGAAGAGCUGUCGAGCCUACUGGACCCCCACACAGGCCUGGCCCUGGACCGUCUGAGCGCCCCAGACCCGGCCUGGAUGGCCAGGCUGUCUUUGCCCCUCACCACCAACUACCGUGACAAUGUGACCUCCCCGGAUGCUGCUGCCUCAGAGGAGCCAAGGACCUUCCAGACAUUCGGCAAGGAGGCGGGGCCGGAGCUGAGCCCAGCGGGCACUCGGCUGGCCAGCACCUUCCUCUCGGAGAUGAGCUCACUGCUGGAGAUGCUGCUGGAGCAGCGCACCGAGGUGCCAAUGGAGGCUGCCUCUGAGGCUCUGAGGCGGCUCUCCGUAUGUGGGAGGACCCUCAGUCUAGACCUGGCCGCCAGCAAGGCCUCAGGCACCAUUGAGCAGGGAGGCCUCGGUGGAAAGAAGGGAACCGAGGGCACCAGUGGUGGUGAUGGUGGCAGCAAGUGCCUGUGA